GCUACUUCCGCGUCUCAGCUGGAAGUGAAGUUCAAUGAACUCGUCACAGAGAAAUGGGAAAAUAACGAUUCUUAUUUAGCGCCUCCAGUCCUCAGACCGCUUCACCAGCCUCACUUUGUUCCGAGUGUCUCCGGAGGUCAGAGCAUUCUGUUAAACAGGAAAAAGGAAGUGAAACUAGCUGCUCAGCUAGCCGCCUGUGGCGCUCUGUCAGGCUGCAGGCUCUCUGGAGAAAAUGGAUUUAUUCUGUGAAAUAGUUCAAGCUUUGGUCGCUUUGGCAGCGCUGGCCUUCAUUGUGGUGAUCGUGGUUGCACAUGUAACUGCUGGGAUGGCGAACUUGACACGCCACGAAAAGGAAAAAUACUUUCCCACAGCCACUGGAGGGAAGGAGCUCUUCCCCAGUCUCCAUGAUCCUCACUCCAGGGAACUGUCUGUCGUGAUCCCGGCCUACAACGAGGAGCUUCGAAUGCCCGUGAUGCUGGAUGAGGCUAUGGAUUACCUCGAAAACAGACAGAAACAAGAUCCUUCCUUCACUUAUGAAGUCAUUGUGGUCGAUGAUGGCAGCAAAGACAAAACUACAGAGGUUGCUUUGCAGUACACCAGGAAGUACAGUGCGGAUAAAGUGCGGGUCCUGACGCUGGUGAAGAACCGGGGCAAAGGAGGAGCGGUGCGCAUGGGAACCAUGAGCUCCCGAGGGAAAUUAAUCCUGAUGGCGGAUGCUGACGGAGCCACAAAGUUUUCAGAUAUUGUGAAAGUGGAGGCUGGACUUAAUGACCUCAACCCUAAACCGGAGAACAUGGCAAUUUCCUGUGGUUCCCGAGCUCAUCUCGAGGAAGAGUCUGUCGCUCAGCGGUCUCUGUUCCGGACCUUCCUCAUGAAGGGUUUCCACUUCUUGGUGUGGUUUUUCUGUGUGAGGGGGAUCAGGGACACGCAGUGCGGCUUCAAGCUGUUCACACGUGAGGCCGCUCUCAGGACCUUCUCCUCCCUCCACGUGGAGCGAUGGGCUUUUGACGUGGAGCUCCUCUACAUCGCCCAGUGUUUUAAAAUCCCCAUAGCAGAGGUGGCGGUCAACUGGACUGAAAUAGAAGGGUCUAAGCUGGUCCCGUUCUGGAGCUGGCUGCAGAUGGGCCGGGACCUGGUCUUCAUCCGCCUGCGCUACAUCACCGGAGCCUGGAAACUGCAGUCGCCGCGCAAGACUGAUUAGCCAAUCAGACGAAAGCCACGAGUCACGGAGAGAGAGUACGCCGGGGCCACCGGGCCCCCGGAUGAGAUGGCAUCACAACUGUGUCCGUCAUGCGCUGCGACCAUCAGCGAAGUACAAUUUCAGGCUUCUCCUUCUCCUGCCACGGCUUGAAUGUGAAGCAAUGACACAGUUGCCGGUUCCUCACGAUCCUGCCUUUCCUGUGUGGACUCUGGCCGCUCGUAGCUGCCGUUACACAUACGUUUCUGUUGCCACAGCUUACAGGGCGCCUCCUGUACGGCUCAACCAUGUCAUAAAGUUACUGUUUUGUUUUGUUUCUAAUCAGCUGGAAAUGGGGGAAACAGCGAGAUGUGAAUAAUCUGGUCAUCUGUGUCGUCAUUCCCACACACAGCAUGAAUGUUUUAUCAUCUUUUUACAAAGGAAGGGGUUUGUUUUGGGGGACGUGUGGACAGGAGUUGACAAAUUUGACAGUUGGAGCCAAAAAAUAAAAAGAAAAAAGAUUGAUAUUAUGACUGUGAAUUAUUGUUUACUAGUUUAACCCACAAUUACUUGACACACGUCAUGUUGCUAGUUAUUUCAAUAGUUUAAUCAUGUUCAGGAAAAAAUUGCAAACAUUUGAUAUUUUGAGGUUUAUAUAGUCGAUAAAUAUUACUCAUUACAAGUAUCAAAGCAUCUGUCAUCUGAAUUAAUUACACAGUUCUUAAUUACUCUAAAUCGCUGUCAUCCAGCCUCAGAAGAUGUAAUGAGAAAUGUGGUCAAAUAUAAGCGAAUGGAUUUCAUGACAUAUGAUUGAAAAGCAAGAUGCGGUACCUUUGUGGUCAGUCAUAGUCUGAGAUCUAGCAAAGACCCGAGGCUCCGAUAAACAACUAGAGGAGGAAACAGCUUCAUUAUCCAAGUGGUGUGUAUUGUCUGCUUUCUGGGUUUAACUUGAUUCACUGUGUUAUCAAACCGUGUGAUGAGCAUCUUGGUGCAUAUCGGAUACUUACUGAUUUAAACCUCUUGAUUCUCAAACUGAAGACCUGCCUGACAUCUGAAGGGUCAGGGAGUCUCUGCAAGACAAACACGAGGAAGUAUCUGCAUGACUUGUUUCACUGAAUUUGCAAUAAUAAUAUCAAGUUAUCCAGGAUCACUAGUAGGACAUCUUGCAGAUCUCUGGAGGAAAUAUUAUCAUGCGAUUGACCUUUCCUCCACAUCAAAGGAACCAAGAGGUAGUUGUUUAUUAUCAUAUUUCUCCUUUUGUUUCCUCCACAUCAUGUGGAUGUCUUGGGGAUGAUCUGGGCUCGGUGUUUUUUUUUUUCUGUUUUUUUUUUUUUUUGGUUCUGAGUGAACUGACUUUAAUGGAGUUGUUUUCCUAUCCGAGCCUGGGGUGUGUGUGCCGAUGCGGAUGUCUCUGGGGCCCCGCGGAGCCCCCGGGGAGCGCAUCCGGUUUGUGUGUCCCUGUCUCAGUGUCUGCACUCUGAGACCAGACAAGACAAGAGAUGGGGAAUCAUAAUAUGCACAUUUCCAGCUUCCUGUCUCUGGAGCCGGCUGCCCUGUAAAAA